UCAGUCCAUCUCCCAACAAAUUCUAAGAAACGAGUCAUUUAAAUUUUCCUCAAAUUACGAGAAUCCAAGUAUACUAAAUUUUUCUCCGAAAUACAGGAACUCAGUUAGGCCACUUUUAAUUUAGUAGCAGAGUUAGCUUGGGGUUUCCGUUAUAAUCGUCUCAUUGCUGCUAAGGACAAAGUACUAUCAUAAGAAUGGGAAAUACAGAGACUUCAACCAGGAGGAGUAUCACCAACAGCUGUGUGUGCGAUCCUUCAACGGAUCCCCGUUUCUUUCACGAACUCGUGACAGACGACUGGCGAACCGCUCACCAAGGUAAUAGCGCCCAACAAAACAUGUCAAACGCUCUUUCAAGGGUUAAAGUCUGUGGAAGUGAAGCCCUAUCCGUUUCAACAAGGCUUAAGAACGAGUACUUCUCAUCGUGGAAUGAAAAAUGCACCGUGACUGAAGCGAGAAGUGUAUCUAUACACAACCUGGGUGAACUCAUUUCCAAGGUGGAGGAUCAGUAUUCAGGAUUCAGCUUCGACUUCAGGAGCAGAAUUCAAGCGAUUCAAUGGUCGUCAUCUUGGUCACACAAAAUCUAUGAGUUUACAUUCGGUGACAACAUCGACAACGAAGAGGUCUAUUUUGGAAUGAUCUGCCUUGCCAAAAGCCCGGAUGGUCAAAAGGUCGACGCAAUCAGCUCACUCUACAAGCUUGAUUUUACCCUCGCGCAGGAAAAAGUGGUUACUGAAGACACGUUUAACUUGUUUGGCUUCAUACCAAUAGAUACCACCACUACUGUUUCUUAUCGUACGCGAAGUCUUGGGCACUUUUCAAAGAAUCAAAUUGCAAAUUUCUGUCGGCUGAAAGCGUUGGAAUCUUUCAGAAAUCAAGGAUUUAUCAACCAGAUAUCAUAUGUCAAUUCCCUUUCAGCUGUCAAUAAUUACUAAACAGUAAUAAAGCUAAUUGAUACUUUUUAAA